UAGUGUUGCAGACACCAACUUUAAUUAAAAAUCAAAAUUUUGUGGAAAAUUUUGUAAGCGCUACUAUGGAUCAUCGGCAAACAUGAACGAGUUUUGAUAGCUCCACACAUUAUUAAAGUGCACUAUAUUGGCUACGCAGCACUUGUGGUUAUUGCCUGAUUUUGGUCAAUUAAAUAUGAUUCUCAAGAAAUUUGCCUUUCCAAAAACAGACGAAAGAUUGAUUAUAAUAGACAAGACGGUUCACAAAAUUAGGCUACAUUUAGUGAAAAGUUCAAAUGUUCAAGAAUACAGAUACGAAGAUUUUUGCGCUGACUCAGACACCAAGAAGAUAUAGAGAAAAUAAUUAUGGUGCUAUUAGGUACAAACUGUGACCUAAAACCAAUAAGAACAGAUCAUUUAGUCGUCUACCCUUAUCGAGAAAAAUGGCUGAUUGCCGACAAAUUACAAUUUCACAAAGGGAACAUCUCACUCGUUCCUUCCUCUUAUGUACACUUAUUUUAUAUUGAACCCAAGCUCGAAACGUUUAAGCCAGAAAAGUUCGACCAACAAAUAUCAAAUGAAUACGACGAAGAAACUGACAUUCCAGCUAAAAAGAAAAGGAAAGCACAACGUCUUUCUGAAAGCGAAAGUGAACACUCAGACUCAUUCCUCAGCGAUAUUUGUCAUGACCAAUUACAAAGUUAUGGAACUCAUCAAAUAUCUAUGGUUGAUGAUGAGAAAAAAACGACGACUACAAAAAAUCAUUUGUCAUCAACUCGGACAAUACUUGUUCCUAUAUCAUCCAGCGGGAAUCAGGAAGAACUGAAUGAUAUGAAAACAGCAUCGACGGUUUUCUCAGUGUCCGAUUAUGUCGACACAAAUCGCCAUGAUGUUCAAGAACAGGACAUUCAAGAAUUAUUGCGUUUCCAAGAGCUUGCCACUCCUGCAGACGAAGCACCUGCCAAAGAUGUCCAAUCUUACAGCAAUCUUCAACGAGUCGCAAGUUCCAUCAAAAAAAUCGUGUUUGGUUAAAAUAGCGAAAGGAAUUUUGAAGUUUGCAUGAAAAUUACGCC